AUGUCCCACUUCUCUGGUUCCCAUCACUCUCAGCUCAACGGCGAUCCUAAAAACGUCCCAAACGCCCGCGGCGCCUCGCCCUCACGCUCUCCCUCACCACCGGGCGACCAGAUUCCUUUCCCCAACGGCAGGCCGAACGUAGCCAGCCAUUCCAAAACUCACAGCAUAAUCAACGUAGGUGCUUUCCGAGCCCGCACCCGCUCUCGGGCCGCGUCGACGCCGAUUCCCGCAACAUCUGCACCGGUCAACCAUGACAGUUUGCCUCUAGCAGAUUGGCAUAUAUCGCCCGAAACCCACCGUAGGACGACGAGCCGUAGCUCAUCGAGGCCCUUAUCCAUGGUGCAGACCUACCAACCGCCCCUCAUGGAUGUCAGCGAGGAUACGAUCCCCGAACUCCAGCCCAUCUUCACCUUCCUCAACAGCCACGCCAACAAGUUGUACCAGGAAGGGUACUUUGUCAAAUUAGAUGACCAGAAUAUCCAGGGGAAACCCAAUAGCGAUCGCACAUGGACGGAAUGCUUUGCUCAGCUGGUGGGGACUGUCCUGUCCCUUUGGGACGCGGCCGAGCUGGAUGCCGCCGGCGAGGACGGCAAAGUCCUGCCCAAGUUCAUAAACUUGACGGAUGCUUCUAUCAAGAUGAUCGAGUCGCUGCCUACGAGAUCGAGCGACGAGCAACCCUUGCAAAACAUCCUCAGCGUGUCGACGGCCGGGCGGAACCGCUAUUUGCUGCACUUCAGUUCUCGCCAGUCUCUGAUACAAUGGACGGCCGGCAUCCGACUGGCCAUGUUUGAGCAUUCGACACUGCAGGAGGCCUAUACCGGCGCUCUGAUUGCGGGCAAAGGCAAGACCUUGAACAAUAUCGGAGUCAUCAUGGAGAGGGCGCGCAUCCCCAUGGAUCAAUGGGUUAGGGUCCGAUUUGGCGCCGGCGUGCCGUGGAGGCGCUGUUGGUGUGUCAUCACGCCGCCUGACGAGAAGGAAUUCCAAAAGGCGCAAAAGGAGCACAAGAAAAAAUCCCCGUAUGACCGUUCGCAUGCGCCGCUCCUGAAGGGAGACAUCAAAUUCUACGACUCGAGGAAGGAGGGGAAGAAGCAUAAGAAAAUGUUACCCAUCGCAACCAUCAACGACGCAUAUUCGGCAUAUGCCCUGUACCCCCAGGCCAGGUCGCUGAUUGAUGCUUCGACCCUGGUGAAAAUCGAGGGCAAUAUUACCAUCCACUCUGAUCCUCCGACGUCGAGCGAGGGCUUCGUGUUCAUCAUGCCCGAGGUCCACCCGGCCGUUAGCGGGUUCGAAAUGAUGCUGCGGUUCUUGUUCCCCACCUGGGAUACGUUUGGCCUCUAUGGUCGUCCCGGCAGACUGGUUGCGAGCGUCCUAGACUCGAGAUCCCUCAUGUUUGCGAUGCCCAAGCACAAGCAUUACGGCUAUUUGGAACCACUAGAUGUGUCGGGACUAAUUUCGACCGAUGGCAGUGCGAGUUGGAACGAGCGCGAGUGGAGAAAGAAGCUCAAGGAGUUGACCGGUACCCGAAUGAACAGCGCAGACGACGAAGGGAGCGCCUCGUCAAGCCAGACCAACGACCGUACCAAGCGCCUCAGUUUCGGCCCAGCCGGGGGGGCUCCCUCGAAGCCUCGCGUCGGUUUUGCGGAUGGACCGUCGCCUCCCUCGGUCCGCUCGUCUCGGUCAAUGUCGCUAAAUAGUCGACCGUCCCCAAGGACCGAUUCGGCUCCCCCUUCGGAUCAAGAACGGGAUCCUUCCGCGGUGCCUGGGAAUAAGUCCGGCCAUACGCGGAACGCAUCGGAUUCCCGCGCAUCGGGCCCUACGCCACCGCAACCCCCUACCUAUCAGGGCGGGCCAUACUCAUCUAGCCCACUCUCGGGACGCGGACCCAAUCCAGCGCGCAACUUAGCCCACGACCAUGGUCCAGAACCCGUGAGCUCUGAUGAAGAUCUGGCCAACCCCAUGCGUGAUUUUGACGGAAUUCAAAGGAUGCGCACUCCGGAGCCGGUCUCUCAACCCCCGGGCUUCUCUCACGCCCCGGGACACGUACCUACGACGCGACCGUACCAUUCGCCCGAGAUGCGCCGCGCGAACAGCCGCCUAUCCCUAACUACCCUCGCCCAGAUAACCAAUACUAGCGGCGUUUCCGUCGGCGAGGGGGCAUGGGAACCCGCACAAAACGACAUGGAGCGUCGCGGACCGCCUCCACAGCAGCCACCGGUACAUCCUCACGCCUACAACAAUGGGACGUUUGCUAAUGCCGGAUCUCGUGAAGGUUUAACGGAAAACCAAGCACGCUCUCCUGGGCUCGCACCCUCCUCGAUGGGCCCUGAAACAACACGAUCAAUAUCACCGUUAAACCAAACCAUGAGCCCCCCGCCUUCCGGUCCUCGGGGCCCCAGUCCAGGCCCGGGACCGCAGACUCCGAACUUCCGACCUCCUCCUCCCGGACAUGGACUACCACCACCACCACCCGGCCAUAUGCCUCCAGGGCAGCGAGGCCCCUCUCCUUACGGCAUGGCCCCUCCCGGACGGGGUCGCGGUCGCCCUCCACCGAACAUGCCACCGCCAGGACGUGGCAAUCCGAAUCACCCUCCCCGCGACGAUAUGUAUAGGGGGUAUCCACCACAGGGGGCACCAGGUCCCGGCGGUCCAGAGGGGCCGAUGUCGCCCCCUAAUCGCGCCCCUCUACCACCGCUGAAUACUUCUCCCCCAAUCCACAGGAAGCCCCUACCCACCCGUUCCGACAGUUUGCAGCAUCGACAGGUUCGCGACGACAUAACGCCUCAAUCUCCUUCAACAAGUAGCGGGAGUAUUACAGGCAACCGCAUCGACGCUGUUGGGCUAGGCCAGAUCCGCCCUAUCAAUGCUCCCCAAGGUCGACUUCCUCCGAAUACCGGAAUGCGACGCCAAGACACUGGCGUGAGCCAGGCCAGCAGCCGCUACGACGAUUCGGCAUCGACGGGUAGCCCCGACUACGCCAGCUCUCGCCCGUCGACGGAUACGGCGUCCUCGGUCGGCGAGCGACCACGAGCCGGUGUCCUUCGCACUACGGGAAACGCAGACGACUCACCUGCCGGCUCUACCUACGAUAUUCCGAGUAUAGACUUCGGGCCGACCCUCAACUAUGCGACAGCGCCACGAACCGCGACGCCUACCACCUCCGCACGGAGGUCCCCCGGGUCUGAAAUGGGACAUAGCCGCCAGGAAUCUGAAGACACGGUACGACGAAGCGUCAUUUGGCAGCCAGCUGCAGCCAACGCCGGAUCUAGCAACCCGGGAUCCCAAGGUAUAUCGCCUGAGGAAUACGUCCAGCAACGGGCGGCCGCGUCGGCAGCGCCACUCUAUUCUCACCAUCACAGGCACUCGUCGGGGAAUACGCUUGGCGGGUUCAGAACCAGCACUCCCACCCCACCUCUCGGCCGAGGCCAAGGCAAUGAUUACGUGGGCAUUUCGCACUCUCGAAACAACUCCCAGGACCUCUUACAACGCCCAGGCUCUCGAGGCGCCGGGGCGGUGCUGGGCGGCCAAGGUGGCAGCGACUCGCACCUGUCAGCCCGGGAGCAGGAGCAUGUGGCACGGGUGACGGGCUCCCCGCUGAUCAACAUGGCGGGCAACCGAAGUCCGGCGCAGACUAACGCGGGAUUAGUCGGCGCAAUCCAGGCGAGAGAACGCGAGAAGCUACAGAUGAAGCAAGGAUGGAGCAGCCAAGCCGCCCAGCACGCCAUCAACCAAAGGCAGCUGCAACAGGCGAUGCAACAGCAGGUGUCGCCGUCGACUAUGCCGCCACCGGCGGGCAUGUACUCCAAUAUGGGGCGCGGCAACGCGGCGCACGGGGGCGGGUACGUCAGCUACGGAAGCACGAUGGGCCCGCCGCUCGAACAGGAUGGGGGUUGGUCGCCACCGGGGCCGGGGUUCCGGUCGCCGCCGCCGCCAAGCAACCUGGACCCGCGCUUCAACCCCCACCAGGGCAUGACGUCGCCGGCGCCGUCGUAUCCGACGCAGAGCCCGCCGCCAGCGGGACGAGGGUACAACCAAUAUUCCUACCAGGGGCACGCGUUCUGA